CACCAUCCCAAGCCUAACGGAGCUAGAGAUCUUGGACCUGUCCUGGAAUAAAUGCAUCGGUGGAAACCUGGGGCUACUUCUCCAAAUGUCGCAAAAUAGCACCCGUCUCCGUGUCCUGAAGCUGUGUAGCUGCAAUCUAACUGGCCAGGAUUUGGAAUCUCUCGUGUCUGUCUCACAUGCUGGAUUUCUAGAGAACCUUGAGGAUCUGGAUUUAAUCUACAACAAUACUGUCGAUGAUCAGUCUUGGGCAAUGUUUUUCCAGGAAAUUAGUGGCCUAAAGGAGCUGUCUGAGCUGGACAUUGGCCUACGACCUUUGACUCAUCGAGCAUGCGACCCAUGGAUCACCAUUUUUCUGGACAGCCUGGUUAGGUUUCCCUCCCUCACAGAGUUCAGGAUGCAUCACUGGGUCCUUAGUGCUUCACAACGAAAACUUUUGGAAACUUUCAACAGGGAUAGUAAGAGGAACAUCCUUUUUCACUAUUAGUCAUUUGAUAGAUGCUGAAAUAGAGAUUCAAAGGUAAGGACUAAGCUCAGCACAUCACAAAUCACAGAUUAUUUUUAAUAUUCGUUCAAAAUUGAGGUGCAUUAUUGAAAACAUUUAACACCCACCCUGGUUGGUUCCAAGACAUUGACUCCAAUCCACUUUUCACAUCCAUCAAAUUCUGUGCAUUGACCGAAUCUGGUCUGUCAUUUUCUUUAAAGUUGAUGAAUGUUUGAAGUAAAGAAAAGGAGAAUGAUGGAAAUGCUGAGCAGAUGAUUGUGGAGCAGAUGAUCUGGUUCCCCACAACUGAUUCCUGGUUUUCACAGACCGAGUUGCUGAAAUUUGCACCAUUUAAGAUUCUGAUGUUAACUAACUUGUCAUGUUAUUAAUGCUGAACUAUCUUCACCCAGUGCAUUAAAUACAUGUUCAUUUUCAA